AUGUUGAAGGAUUUGGUCCAGGAAAGAGCAAAAGUUGGAUUGAAAAUCAACGAAGCUAAAACAAAAACAAUGAGAAACCGAUUUGCACUCACACGCCCAAUUGAAAUCGGAAACAAAACCAUCGAAGAUGUUGAUGAAUAUGUUUAUCUCGGCCGGCAGCUAAAUCCGCAGAAUGAACUUUUGCCGGAAAUUCACCGUAGAAGAAGAGCCGGAUGGGCCGCUUAUGAAUCCAUCGAAAAAGCAACCGAUGCCAUCACGUGCCAAAAAAACAAGGCAAGAUUAUUCGAUCAAACGGUUCUACCAGCCCUUUGCUACGGUUCGGAGGCUUGGACCCUUACCAAAAAGAACUCUGAAGCUCUCCGAGUCUCCCAUGCUGCACUGGAAAGAAGAUUGGUUGGCAUAACACUCAGCGAACAACGCGAAAGAAAUCUCCACCGCGAAGACAUCCGGAAGCUAUCGCAAGUCAAGGAUCCACUUCGACACAUCCGCCAACAAAAAACCCGCUGGGCCGGACACAUGGCAAGGAGAAACGACAACCGUUGGUCAACGGCAACAUUGGAUUGGUAUCCACGAGAUUGGAAAAGACCAGUUGGACGCCCACCAUUGAGAUGGUCAGAUGAAUUAAGGAAAAACCACUGAAUAUAUGACAACAACAACAAAUUGGUCGAAUAUUGGACAACUCGUGCCAAAGACCGUGAUAAAUGGAGAACUGUGGUCCGCGCAAUAUGCUGAAGAACGGAUCGACUAAGUAACUAAGUAAGUAAGAGUUUUUUUGAGAGAGAGAAAUGUGUUUUUACAAAAUUCCUUCAUUGCAGGUGACAAUCAAUGUUGCGCCGAAGAAAUUGAAUCAAUCAAUAGUGCCAACAGAUAUAAAUUCGAAAAUAAUCUACAAACCGGAAAACUAUAUUGAUCUCAGCGAAGGCAUCGAAACAUUUCAAGACGACGGUGGCAAUGAAAAACUUGAAACAAUUCUUCAAUUCAUCGAGCAAAUGGAUUCGAACGAGAAAAAUCUUCGAAAACGCAUCGAUUCAGAUUUUAUUUGCAAUCGCGGACUUCUCAAAGUUAUUGCACUGUCAUUCAAUGAAUUUUCAUCUUCAGAGGCAGUUGAGUUCCGUGCGAUCAAAAAAAUGUGAUUUUCAUGUGUUUCAGCAGUUAUUCCAAGGAACGGUUAGUUCAAUUUUCAUUUUUUGUAAUCAACUCCAAUCUGAUAUUGUUACAGUGAUGAAAUGUAUAGAAAAACCUUACAUCUGGCAACAAAAUUCGAAAAUUAGAUGA